GUCCUCCCUUUUCUUCCUCUGAAAAUAUGAGUGAAGAAGACUGAUUCUCUUCUCCUAUCGAGCCGACAAAUUGAGAUCUCGCAGACUCGGCCUACGCGACCAUUAUGUCGCAUUUCAUUCACUUGUCCUUUGCUCACACCAUCCUCAGGCUGGCCUGAAUCGGACCGCGUUUAAUCUGCGACCCUCGAUCAGCCACUUCGCUCAUUACUGACGCCCUACCCUUGCACCCCCAGCAUUUAACCCACCUCCAGGAUUGCACAGUUCUCACUGUCCCUCUCAACAGAUCUUCGCGUCCUCGUCUACGAUUUUCAGCCAGCUCGACCGACCGUUGUUUUUUACCACCCUCCUACGCGCUCGAAAACACGCGACCAUGGGUCGACGUGUGCCUCACGGGUCUGAAAAGACUCAGAGGCUGUCUUUGACCGAGUUGGCAGCCCAUGACGACGUUUGUUCCGACGCGUUAAUAGAUAAUGCCUACUAUAAAGCAAGAAUACGGAAGAACCGGACCAAGCAUUUUCCCAUCCGUGGUAUCAAGGAGGAUGAAGUCCCUAGGAUUCUCCUGCACAAAGUCAUCGUCGAAAAAGACAUGGUGGCCGCUGAAAAAGCGUUGCUAGCACUCCCUGGGCUUAAAAGGUACAAAAGAAGCUUACGCACAAAGUCGGAACAAGAACACUUCCUCAGCCAUCUUCGAAAGUACAUUGCCAUGUACCAGACCGACUGUCCUUGGGAAGUUUCUACCACGAACCGAUACACCAUCACGACCUACGAGGCGGCUGUGACUGCUCGACGACGUAUUCGACAGGGUGACACUGUCAAAUAUUUGAGCGGCACACUCGUGCCUCUGACCACGGAAGAAUCUGCUGAUUUGGACAUGACUAAUCGUAAUUUCAGUAUUGUGGUAUCGGCUCGCAAGAAGAACUCUUCCAUCUUCCUUGGUCCUGCCCGAUUUGCCAACCAUGAUUGUAAUGCCAACGGCCGUCUUGUUACAAGAGGAGAUGAUGGGAUGGAAGUGGUGGCCGUGAAGAAUAUUGAUGUCGGAGAUGAAAUCACCGUGUCAUAUGGAGAUGACUAUUUUGGCCCUGGCAAUAUCGAUUGUCUUUGCCAUAGCUGUGAAGAGCUUGAACGGAAUGGUUGGACUUCGAAAACAGCCUUCCUCGGCCCCGACAGCCAAACCUCAACGCCUGGUCCCGAUUCACAACCAAGCCCUCAACCUCAGCCUCACCCUCUGAAGAGGAAGCGAGGAUCGGAAUUGUCCUCUUAUUCGUCCUCGGCACCACCUCCAUCAAAAUACCUGAAAGUCACGUCAUCUCCUUCCAAAUUGCAACAUUCUUGGACGCCUCCCGGGAGCGCUGUUUCCGAUUCAGGAUUGGAGACAGGUGUGAGGGAGAUUGCAGAUACUGCUGGGCAGCAGGCAAGCCCAAGUCCACCAAAACAGUCGACGCUCUCGCCGCCUCCCAGCCCAUCUCAGCUAGCAGAUCUCGAUAUGCUCGAACACGAGACAGGACCUGAAAUACUUGCACAGAAACCUGGGCCACAGCUUCCGUCACCAAGGUCGAUGGCCAAGAAAGGACCUCGUGAAAGCAAAAUGACGGCAAGGCUCCUGGGCAAAUUGUCAGCUCGUGCACCGAUAUCACCAGCCCCAACAUCCCCUUCAAGUCAUGGUUCGGCUUCUGAUCCCACAGCCUCAACCCACGCAGUCCCUGCUGUGUCAUACACGGAUGCUCCAGUUACAAUCAAAGUUGAAAGUGUGGAAGCCACCAAAAUUGAAGCUGACGAAGAUACGAUUAUCGUCACCAACCGCCAACCGACCUCGGCCGGAUCAAGCGAGCAAUCCAAGGAUGCAGAUGCUCGGCAAAAUGAGGCAACUACACUUCCUGAGCCGACACCUCAUGUCGUUUCGACCCUCACUACCACGACCGUUACCAAAGAUGUACACGUACUAGACGAGGUCAGCAAUAGGAAUCCAGAAGCCAGUGUGUUGCCUUCGAUAGAGCCAGUGAGCAAUUCCAACACUGUGGCCACAUUGACCGUCCAUCCUGUCACCGGCACCAUCCGUAUCGCCGGUGAUUAUAUUUUGACGCGAAAAUUACUCGCACAGCCACAUGAUCGGUGGGUGCAAUGCCACAAUAACUUGUGUUUUGGUUUCUUCAUCCAGCCGAAUGGGUAUCAAACCCGACGCGAGUGUCCUCGGUGUGAAAGACACAGCAUGUUGUAUGGCUUUCCAUGGCCCAAGACCGAUCCCGAUCCUCGCAAACUCCUAGAAAGAACCGGACGCAGCAAGAAAGAUGCGGUCGAAUAUAGUGCAUACAGACGUAAAGGACGUUGCGGCAAAGGGACUUGGGUCGAAGGCGGUGGAGAUGAAGAAGAAAGAGUGAUGGAUCAUCGAACCAUUCACCGUUUCGUCCUGCCGGAUGAGGAAAGGGAGAUUACCAGGAGAGGACUCCUUAAAGAGGCUGAAGAUGCCAGGGCUGCGGGAGAUCAUGUGGUUGCACUUCUAGAGGCCAAGAUGCGAGCUGCUUCGAGAGGUAUGGGCACUGAAAGUGCUGCACGAGGGAGUGAAAGUGACAAUGGUUCCGCGACACCCGAUGAAAACAGACGAAGAAGUAAUCGGUUUGUCACGAGACCAGUUGGGGUGUAUACUGAUAGGUAUGCACGUUGAGCCAUCUGAAUCCAGUGGUUGUGUGUUUGGCUCGAGGUAAAUCAGCGGCGUAGGCCGUCAUCGUCAAGGAGAAUCCUCUUUCAGUCGAUACUUGAACAUAAUGGAUGUGCUUUGAGAGACGGAGCGAGUAGAGAUUUAUUUUGUACGAAUAGAGGAUGAGUAGAAGAUGCUCAUACUCGACACAUGUACAGAAAACCAAGCAUUGAAUGAAGCAAUUGAAACAUGAAAAC